UUUCAUCACAACCAACUUACCUAGUUAUUGAAGGGAGCGCCCUCGUGUUGGUUAUAUUCUGAACCGUACAUUUGUUUGGCAUGGAGGUCAUAUCUCUUGACGAGGAGCUUAUUUGCGCCGUCUGCCGUGACAUAUUUGUCGAGCCUGUGACUGCCCUGCGGUCAUAAUUAUUGUGAAGGCUGUGUGAAGCAGUUGAAAAGAUCUGCGGUGAAAGUCGAAAACAUCAAUGCCGAGGGUGGAUUCGAGAGACUGUGUAUAUGUUACACCUGUCCUCUUUGCCUUGCACCGUGUGAUUCAACGUUAAACUUGAAAAAUAAUGUCGACUGCACUGUUUGCAAAGGUGAUCAGAGGAUGUUCGCAGAAAAGAGUUGUGUCAGCUGCGAAGAGUCAUAUUGCACCGUCCACAUCAUACCACACUUAGAGAACGCUGUACUGCGCCAACACGUUCUGGUGAGCCCGAUGGGCGACACUGGCAGGCUCUGCAAAGAGCACGGGAAGGAACAGGAACUUUACUGCGAGACAGACCAGACCCCCCUGUGUGCCUACUGCAUGCUACCUGCCGAGGCCAAGCACGGGGAUGGGCAUAACGUCGUGAAACUGGCAGAUGCGCUGGAUACUUUAAGGGCCAGUCUGGAGAGGCAGCAAAGUGAGUGCACAGCCUUCCUGCGCAGAAUCAAGCUGUUCCUGGAGUUUGAGGAGCAGGCGUGGCAGAAGAGAUUCUCUGUGGACAUGGUGCAGGAGAGCAGGAACGGGAAGCAGCGGACAGAGGGGCUGAGGAGGCUGCAGGACAGGCUGACACAGGCACAGGACACCCUGCUGAAGACUCAGACCAUCAGUGACCCCCUGGGGCUGCUCCAGCUCUUGAAGAAUGAGGAGUGGGCAGACCUGCUUCAAAGGGACAUUUGUUCCCGUAAGAUGCAGAAGCUCAGUAAUUGGAGUGGAACCAAGCUUGUGGCUUCAUCUAGAAUCACCCCCCUAUUCCAGACUCUCCAGAAAACAUUUCAAGGAGAUGUCAUUUUCUUUUCUGAAUUAAGUGCCCACCCUAAACUGAAGUUGGACCCUGACUCUGGCUCUGUGUGGGUGACUGAGGAGGACCAGCGACAUGAGGAACCAUGUUACCUUGAUCGGCCUUACUGUGUGAUGGGAGUCAUUAUCUCCUCCAAGGGUGUGCACAAUUGGGAGGUGGAAGUAGAGGGGUUCUCCUCUUGGGCUGUCGGUGUAGCUUUCCUUGGCCCAUCCCAGAUAGCGGUGACCUGCAAGCUCGGCACUGAUGACCAGUCAUGGAGUCUGAGUUACAGCAAGAGCAAGCAGCAGUUCUCUGCCCAGCAUGACUGGCUGGCAUUUGCGUUCCAUGCACCGGACUCCAACCCACCCAGACGGAUCUGGGUCUUUCUGGAUGUGGACAGUGGAAUCCUGAGCUUCUAUGAUGCAGUGAGGAUGGCGUGUCUCUACACCUUCUACUGUACCCUGGAUCAGGAUUCAGCCAGCCAAACUUACCUCAGACCAGCCUUCUGCCCUAGGCUGAAGGAGGAUGACCAGCCACUGUCGACUAAGCCAAUGAGGGUGCUGCGCCCAGUCUCAAACUUUUAGGCACUACAACCAACACGGUAUCCUUCACAUUAAUACGUGCACUAGCAGCUAGCUAGCAUGCUUUUAUUUUUGUUCCAAAUGCUUAGUUUGAAACACUGACCAUUGAAUUGUUUGAAAUUUAAGAAAAUAUGGAGAACCUGUUUUUGUAAAUCCACUCAAACUGUUACACAGCUUAAAAUGACCCUACAGUUUGGCAAAAUCCCAAAAUCUAGUAAAUUGUCUGAGCCUUUGAAUGUCUUGUAAGUGAACUAAUUAGAUAAAUAUAUGCAGUGUGCAUAGUAGAGGUUGACCAAUUUUAAUCGGAAUGGCUGAUUUAAUUAGGGCCGAUUUUUCAAGUUUUCAUAACAAUCGGUAAUUUUGGAUGCCAUUUUUUUUUUUUAUAUAUAUAUAUUUUUUUAAAUAUAUA